AUGGUCCGUCUCAAUGUCUUCGCCGCGUCUGCGGCCCUCUCCUUCGGCUCAGUCGUCUUCGCUGCCCCUACUGCCGAGGAACCCAUCAUUCCAGCCCCAAUUAACUUCGAGCAACCCAUCGGAUUCGACCCUACUGUUGUCUCCUCUGCUAAAAGCCUGAAAGUUGCCAAAGUCAUUCCAGAGAUUAUCACUCUUGAUCUCUCCGGACAAGGUGGAAACUCCACGGACUUCCCCCCUUCAGAGACGGGCCCUACUGAGCCCAUCAAGCGCGGCAUCAUUGGCGGCGUCGAUAACCGAGUCCUGUGGCCAAACCGAGAUUAUCCAUACAGUGCCAUGGGCAGAAUCCAAUUAUCCAACGGUGCAGUUUGCAGCGGCGCCCUGAUCGGCUCACGACACGUUGUUACGGCCCGUCACUGUAUCCCAGGUGAGGGCGUCGGUGCACGUUUCCAACCAGCGUUCUAUGACGGCGAGGUUUUGGGAGGAUACGAUGUGACCGUUAUAUUCCGUCCCAACUACGGCCAGGAAGGCUGGUGCGCCAACGCCUAUGACUGGGCCAUUUUCGUGCUUGGCGAGAAGGCGGGACAGACCAAUGGCUGGCUUGGGCUGAAGACAGUAGAUCCCGAUACCCAGCUCAACCAGGCUAUGUUCUUUCAUUACGGAUACCCAGGAGACAAGGGAGCAAGGCAUCCCUACCGCCAGGAAGCCAUCACGGCUUCGGCGGCCACGUGGUGCGACAGAGGAUCUCCAGUUGUGGUGGAUGCCGAUAUCGCUGGAGGACAAUCUGGUGGGCCUUUUUGGCUCUACGAGAAUGGUGACCGGUACUUGUAUGGCGUCGUAGUUGGUGGCAAUGACGAGAUCACCGUGGUUGCUGGAGGCCCCUCUUUAUUCGAGGGAUACGGCAUUCUCCUGAAGGAUUACCCGAAUUAA